AUGGCAAGAAGCAACUCAAAGCGAAAGUAUGAUUCCAAGAAGAGGACUCAAAAGAACAAAGCCACCGAGAAACAACACAACAAACUCAAGGUUGCACGCGAAAUCUCACGCAGGAAUCAAAUCGCCUGUGAAUACGGACUUCCAGAUACUGCAAAGUUCUUCUUCUUAGAGAAAAAACCCUCAUCAGUACCAAGGAAGUUAUUCCAUCAUGGGAUCGUGGUCUUGGUUGACAAAAAAUCGCUAGAGCUCCUUUUGAUUGCCCAAUUCAACGAGUUCAGCGACAUGCAUCCCGAGCUUCUCGUCCAAUUUGAAUCCUCAAUAUCUACAUUUUAUCUUCAUGGUAUCUCCAGGGGAUUUGUGAAGAAUAAUGGUGCAACUCGUGGAGUCAAUAGGCCUGGAGAUAUGAGGGCCAUGGGUUGGCGCUCCGCAGCGGGUGUAGCUGCCGAUGUUGGAAAAGAUGUUUGUCACUACUCCCUUAAUCAAGCAACAUCCAAAUCCGAGGGAAAGAUUUGGAUUGAUAUUGAACGCAAUUCACUUCUUCUGCCUCAGGCCAAAGACUUUUGGGCAGAAAGGUUUUCGAUUCUUUCGAUGUUGGUGAAAUUGGGUAAGGCAUUAAAACUAAAGAAAUCAAGAAUGUCAAGGAAGGCGUGGGAGUUGUAUACAAAGGAUCAUAUAAAGGGUUAUGACCAGCAGGUAUACGUCAAAUUAGAUAAGUUGUCAAAAUGA